GACUGCUGAGCCGAAGCCAUUUCCCUUUCACAGAAAGAGUAGGACGCCGUUCUCACCUGCGAGAAAAUGAUCCAGUCUGCUCGGAAAAUUCUCGCCGGAGGCAGCCGGAUCCAAGCUGCCGGAUAUGGAAUCCGUUGCCUAUCCGUUUCUUCCGAUUCAGCUUCCCUCAAGAAGAGCGUUGCUUCUCUUCUGGAUUCGCUUUCUCUUAAACCAGGUGCAACACUGGUGCAAAAUUGUGGAGACAGUGAAGUUGGGAAGGCAGUAAUUCAGUUGGCAAAAGAGCGUAAGCUUCAAACUUUGAGUAUAAUUGAAGACAAGCCUGGAGCCCCUGAUAUUAUUGAAGAGCUCAAGGCCCUUGGUGGGGAUAUUGUUGUCCCCGAAAGUUACACAAAAACAUGGUAUAUGAAGCGGCUAGCUGGUGAGCUAAACCCUGCUGCAGGUUUGAAUUUCAGUGAUGGGUACCAAGCGACUGCUGUGUGCAAAGCUGUGUCUAGUGGGGGAACAUUUCUUACAUAUGGGAAAAAACUACCAAAAUAUGUUGCCUAUGAAGGAGCAGCCCGUAAACUUGUAGAAUGGAAUGCAUUCCUCAAGGAAAAGAACCUUAAGGUGUUGAACAUGUAAUUAAGAGCUUAAGCGGAAAUUGGUGGAACCCGUGCCCUAAUGGCAAUUGUGUCUGUUCAACUCUUUUUUUUUUUUUUUCCAAUAAGAACCUGCUCACAUUAUUGAGUUGUUACGAGGAAGUUGUCCCCUUCGAAUUCUUCUAAACUUUGUUGAUCUGAAAGAAUCCCAUUGUUUGUUCUGCAAAAUGCAUGGUGAUACUGCCGCAGCACACAAUUGAAAUUGGAG